AUGGGUUACCACACUCACCUCACCGUCCUCGAGCACAGCGCUUCGGUCUUCUCCUCCUCCGCGGCCUUCAAGGUUCCCCGUCUAUCCACCGACGGAGAAGCGGUCGAGGAAUGGGUUCCCAUCUCAUACCAGCAGUUCCUCAGCGACGUUGAGCAGUCCGCGAGGUACUGGUCGCGGACACUCACUGCGCACGGUGUCCCUUCACGGUCUAUCGUCGGCAUGUGGCUGGGCGGUAUGACCUACCUGGACGCGCUGCACAUCUACGGAGUUGCCAGAGCCGGCUAUAUUCCGCAGCUAUUCUCUCUCAGGAUGCCAAACCCCGAUGUUGUCUAUGAGCUCCUCGAACGCGCAGAGGCUCGGGCGCUGGUCUUUGACCCCGCCUACCUGUCCAUUGUCACCAACUGCCCCGUACCGGCCGAGGCUGCCCUCGACGUCUGCGCCGUUGACGUCAAGGACGCUCCCCUGCCGCCGCUAUGGGUCCCGUCUCACGGCGACGAGAUCGUCAUGAUCUACCACACUUCAGGGUCGACGUCGGGCAGUCCAAAAUUGGUUCCGUGUACCGCCGAUUGGGUAACUGCCACGGUGUCGAAGGCGGCGCACGUCACCCGCCCCCACAACCCUAAGAGGCAGGAUGUUACCGUGUGGAUGGGCAGCAUGUGCCACAUCGGUCAGACGUUCAUGCUCAUGGGCUACCUCCAGCAUGGGGUGUGCACCAUCCAGCCCACCAAGAUUGCGUUCUCGUCAGAGGAACUGAUGGACAUGGUCCACCGCUGCCGUCUCAACCGCCUCAACCAGUUCGCAACUUUCCUCGCCGCUCAUCUCCGCCGCUCGCAGAACGACCCAGCUCUUUUCGCCGUACUCAAGGGGCUCGACGAGCUCCUGUACUCCGGCCUGCCCCUCGCAGCUGAGGAGGAGGCUUGGGCCUACGCAAACGGCAUCCUCCUCAAGAACCUCUUCGGCAGCACCGAGUGUGGUGCGAUGCUCCUCUCCGUCGGCGGCCGCGGCUCCGACGCAUCCUACCUGCACCCCAUCGAGGGCACCGCCUACGGCUUCUUCCCCAUUGCCACCCCCGACGUCGACUCCGAGACCGGGUACGAGGACGCGAACCAGCGGCUGCUCGAGCUCGUCAUCCUCUCGCACUCGGGUGACUGCCCGCACCCGUCCCUGCGCAACGCCGACGGGCACUACCACACCGGCGACCUGUUCCUCGAAGUUGCCCCCGGCCGGUACGUCUCGCGCGGGCGCGACGACGACUGGAUCAAGUCCGAGAACUCGCUGCGCUGCGACACACGGGCCAUCGAGGACAACGUGCUCGCGACCUGCGCGGACCUUGUCGCGACGUGCGUGGUCGUCGGCAACGGGCGGCCCUCGCCCACGCUCUUCGUCGAGCCGAAGGUGCCCGGGGACGUCGACGCGGAGGCGCUGAAGCGCGCGAUCGUGCGCCGCACGCGCCACUUCCACGCGCGCCGCUACCUGCACGAACGCAUCGCGUCGCCCGCGUUCGUGGUCGUCGUGCCCGGGGGCACGCUCCCGCGCACGGCGACGAAGGGCAACAUCCGCCGCCGCGCGGUCGAGGAGCAAUUCCGGGCGGAGCUCGACCGGAUUUAUGCCAGCUAGGGAUUGUGCACCCGGCUGUGAGCCGCGGCCGGACAGACUCUGGUUGCUGGUUUCUCUUCCCUCUCGGACCCACUCGUACUAUCC